CACAGUGACAGGCUCACUCAGCCAGGAGGAUGCUCGUGCACUGGGGCUGAGCCGCUGGAUAUCUCCACUGAUGUUCGCCAUGUUACCAGACAUGAGAGAGAAAUAUGAGGCAGAUAUGAGCUGGCGUUUGCCUGGUGGGACAGAAUGAGUGAACCCGGGACAUGGAUGUGCCGAUAGGACACCAGGAGAUCCGUGUCUGGGUGAGACACUGACAAACUGGGAGGGACGUUUGGGUUCCUCUUGUAUCUGAAGCCCCUGCUCAAUCAUGAGAUUGGCCCUCCUGGCCUUGAGACUGAUGGUUUUGGCCUGGCUGUGGCCUGUCACUCAGCUCAACAGCAGCACCUUCCCUAACAAGAAAAGGCACAAAGAGGUCUACGUUGGGGAGAGCAAUAAAGUAAAGCAUGGAGGACGGGUGGAUCUUAAGAUGAAAAAGCUGGACAGCACAAAAUCCCUGCUAAUUAAAUCUGAACAGCUACUUCGGAUUGAAGAUCAUGACUUUGCAAUGCGUCCAGGCUUUGGAGGUUCCGCUCUUCCAGUUGGAAUAGAUGUCCAGGUGGAGAGCAUUGACAGUAUAUCUGAAGUAAACAUGGAUUUCACCAUGACCCUCUAUCUGAGGCAUUACUGGCAGGACGAUCGGCUGGCUUUUCCCUCCAGCAGCAACAAAAGUCGAACCUUCGAUGCACGACUUGUCAAGAAAAUUUGGGUCCCAGACGUGUUCUUUGUCCAUUCAAAGCGUUCAUUUAUCCAUGAUACAACUAUGGAGAAUAUUAUGCUGAGGGUUUUCCCAGAUGGAAAUAUUCUCUACAGUGUGAGGAUCACUGUGACUGCUCUGUGCUCGAUGGACUUCAGUAGUUUCCCUCUGGACACACAGAACUGCUCUCUGGAGCUGGAGAGCUAUGCUUACAAUGAGAACGACCUAAUGCUCUACUGGAAGAACGGGAACGAUUCAUUAAGGACUGAUGAGAUUGUGCUCUCUCAGUUUUUUAUUGAAGACUUCCAGCCUUCCUUUGGGCUUGCCUUCUACAGCAGCACUGGUUGGUACAAUCGACUCUACAUAAACUUCAUCCUAAGGAGGCACAUCUUCUUCUUCAUGCUUCAGACUUACUUUCCUACCAUGCUGAUGGUGAUGCUGUCAUGGGUGUCUUUCUGGAUUGACAGAAGAGCCGUACCUGCCCGUGUCUCACUGGGCAUCACGACCGUUCUGACCAUGUCCACCAUCAUCACUGGUGUAUCUGCCUCUAUGCCACAAGUGUCUUACGUCAAAGCCGUAGACAUCUACUUGUGGGCAAGCUUCCUGUUUGUGUUUUUGUCCGUCAUCGAGUACGCUGCUGUCAACUAUUUCACCACGGUGGAGGAGAUGAAGAAGCUGAAGAAUGCAAAGAUCCCCACGACCUUCGAUGCCACCCAGGCCAUGGCCUUCGACGGGUGUUUCCAUGAUAACGACAUUGACCUGGCUUCUUUCCCAGAGGUCGCCAUCACCCCCAACACAGAGAGAAACACCCAGUCUCGAAACUCCACCGCUUCUACACCCACAGAGGGAACCCGUCUCCGUCGCAGGAAUACACUUAAAUACAACCUGAGCUUCAUCCGGAGCAACAGCUACAUGAUCGACUCAUGCUCCAGAGUCGUCUUUCCUAUGGCCUAUCUACUGUUCAACAUCAUUUACUGGAGUUUGUAUGCAUAGUUUUUGUUAAAAAGACUUAAAAAAAAAAAAGAUCUUUCCAAUAAGACUACAUGCUGGUUAAUCCUACACUAUUACUGUUUGUUGGAACGUUUGCUCCUGAAAAUUUAUGUCUUUUUGCAUUCAAGAUGUUGAGAUCAGCUGUUGCUGAAAAUAAAAAGCAUACAUCAUAUAAUGGCAUCUUUAGUAAAAUUAUACAGAAAUAAUAAUAAAAAAAUCCUUAAAAUAAAAGAAAAAUGUUUACUUUUAGUACAAUCACUCAGAGGGAAUGAAAUCUGAUGUUAAGAAAAAAGUUUUUGUACAUGCAUCUGUCCUGUUGAUUAUUUGGCAAGAUAAACAUUGGUCCUUCCCCAGGCGGGUAGCCGCUGAUCUCACUGUGAUGUCAUAUUAAUAGAAGCAAAGAUUUUUAUGAUUUUUAUGAAUUUGUCAGCUCUAGAAACAGCCUAAUUAGCACUUUUGUAAACUUAAAUCAGAGAUACACAUGGUUCUGGAUAUUUAUUUUCAAAGAUUUCUUGUAAGGAUUGUGCAUAUUAUUGUAAAAAAAAAGAAAAAAAAAAGAAAAAGGAGAUUUGUUUACUUUAAGGCUGUUUUAAAUAUAUUCUCCCAGGAUCUGCUGCUGGCUUUGUGUUCAAGUGUAAUUUGCCAAUUAUUGUCAAAAGAGGGAAAAAAAUAUUUAACCAACAUUAUUCAACCCUAUUUUUUUAUUCAUUGUAGUGCUUUAUUUGGCAUGACGCAAUAUGAUCUUUUUGGUAUUUAUGUGUCUUUUCUUGGGAUUUCAGGCAUAUCAUUUAAAUCAAAUCAUUUAAAGCAAUUUCCCUCUGGGAUUAUUAAAGUAUUUCUGAUUCUGAUUAGGAAGAAGGUGGUUGCCUACAUGUGUGAGGGCCACAUUGCUCCAAAAAGGAUGAACUUAUGAUGACUUUUGCAUAGUUUGCUCUUUGCAAGCCUACAUCAUGUAUAAAAUCAGUAAAAUGGGAACCUAUACAAAAAGGAUAAUAUACCCUUAUCCUACUCAACAUCUUUACAAAUAAAUCUCUUACAUAUG